AUGGCGGAGGCGAAGCGGCCAAAGGUGACCCUUAUCGCAAAAUCCGAUGCCAGUCGCAGUGAGCCAAAAGCGCCUGGAGAUGGCCGGCUGCGACCCGCCCCCGCGUCUCGGCAGGAGCCCCAAGCCCAAGCAGUGGCUGACGUAGAGAUUCAGAAGGUUAUCACAAGUGGAGACCGGCUACGCCCCGCGCCAGCUGCGAAGGUUAACGGGGUGGCCAAGUCUGCAACUGCUGCGACGCGGACGGUUCCUACUCCACAGAAAACGAAGGUUGGCGUCAAGCGCACAGCAGCGGCAGCCGGACUAGAGAGGAAGGGCGCAAGCAACGCAUUGAAGGUUGGUGUGCCUCCCCGUGUGGAGUUUCCCAAAGCGCCAGCUGUUGCAGCCCCUGCUGUCGCUGCCACGACAGUCAGAUCCAACGACGCGAAAGUCGUCACAAUCACUUCUGCACCCCCCGUCAGGCCUCCUGCUAGGCCGAAGGCCGAUCCCUCUCUCGUGUCCUUCAACGUGGGUGGCCAAGUCUUCCAGAUCUCCACGAAGGCAGUGAAAGCCAAGCCGGAGACCUUGCUUGCCAGAUUACUGGCCAAAGACGGAGGUCUAGAGCGGGUCCUGCACGUGCCGGUGGAUGUUUGCCCCGAGCGCUUCCGGAUUCUACUGGAUUGGUAUCGCUAUGAAGAGCUCUACGUUCCGAGCAUGGUCCCCAUUGACGCAGUCCUGCGAGAUGCGGCACGUCUGGACCUUCCUGCUGAACUUGUCAUAAACGGCAUUCCUCGCAGUACCCGGCUUACAAGGGCCAAGGCUGUCAGCCAGAACGUGGUCCUUGGCGUGACCCAGAGGUGGCCUGGGUUCAACACUUUCCUGGGUCAAGUGCUUGCUCAAAUCGAGGAGCAUUUCCAGGCGGUGGGGUCUCGGUCUGGGGUACACGCUGAUGCGCAAGACGAGGAAGCUGCUGCCGCCGACGAAGCGUUCGACUUCCCACGCUUUGUGAUUCCGCUUUUUCGCGAGGAGGGAUGGGUGGCGCCAAAGCACAUAUGCAGUUCUGCAAGAGCCCGAGUGCUGGCCCUCAAACUGGAGGAGCUCGGCUACCUAUGUGAGUUUUCUGACGCGGAUCUCCUGGUGAGCUUGCCCUUGAAGUUUCUCAGCAGCAGCUUGUGUGUUUUCAUGCUGUUUUUCGGCUGUGCAGCCGCCCGAUGGAAUUAUGUAAAUGCCCGCCAGUUUUUGUUUGCUCUGUGGUCGGCCACCAUGGUUAUGAGCCCGAGAGGGGGAAACAAGUGA